AUGAGGUCAUCAUGUUUGCCUAAUCUAGCAUCCUGUAAUUGCCCUUGUGGACUCCUAAGGACGCCACCUCAAUUUCCGUUUUUGCUACCAUCAUUACCAACCUUGUCACCUCCAUCACCUGCACCUGCACUUCCACAAUUUCCAACAUUUCCUUACGGUGGUGCAGGUGGUAUUGGUGGUGGCGGUUAUGCAACACCUUUACGACAACCAAUAACUGAAAAUGACGCUAUCGAUAUUUUCUGA